AUGUUUGAUUUUAUUCCUCACUCGACUGAAUUGACAAAGUUGGUUGCUGCUGAAAUCACAUUAGUUUAUCACGGAAUACGUCAUGGACAUAGCUAUUUGAGUCAGGCAUGCACUGCUGAUGUCUCGAAGAAAUUGUUUCAAGAUUCAACUAUUGGAAAAAAUCUCACAUGUGGACGAACUAAAGCUCGUGAAAUUGCUGCUAAUGUUUUAGCUCCAUUUAUGAUUUCUCAAAUUACAGAAAUGAUUAAUAAAUCCGGUUUUUAUUCUUUAUCAUUCGAUGCAUCUAACAAAGGUCACAAGAAAAUGUUUCCAUUUGUUGUAAAUUACUUCACAGUUCGUGGCAUCGAACGAUCAGUGAUUGAAGUAAUUGAACUAGUUAAUGAAACAGCUGAUCAUAUUGUUGCUUCACUUCGAGAAGUAUUGCAAAUGAAUAAUAUUGAUAUUCAGAAUAUGACAUCAAUUGGUGCUGAUAAUACAAACUUAUUAUUGAAACACAUCAAUAUUCGUUGGCUUAGCCUAUAUCCGUCUAUUGAACGAUUACUCAAAGUAUUUGAUCCAUUAUCUGCUUAUUUUUUGGAUUUGGGUGACGAAGAUGCUUUUCCAUGUCCACCAAUAAUUUCAAUGUUUUUUACUUCUACUGAAGCCAAAUAUCGAAAAAAACUGAAUCAAUCAUUUAUCGAUUAUGUGUCUAGUGUAAUUAAAUAUAUUGAGAAAUAUUAUGAUGAACAAUCUGAAUUGGCUGAAUUAACUGCAGUUUUUGGCAUACGUGAAAUCGAUCAAAUAAAAUUUCAUCAAAUUGAAGAGUGUGUCGUUUUUCUCAAGUUGGAAAUUGAUCAUGAUAAAUUAUUCGAUGAAUUGAAUAUUUUACAAUCCACAUUCAAAGAAGUCAAUUCAUAUCGUGAACCAUUGAGUGAUCAAAUUCGAAAAUAUAUCGGUGAUGCUGCUCAUAAUUUCAGUGGAGAUAUAAUCAAUGAUCAAAAUAAUGAAUCACAGGAUGAAGAAGAUCUUUUUCAUAAACCAACAAUUGAAAUUCAUGAAAAAGAAAAUCAGAUUCGAUCUGAUCAACUGUGGGCAUAUCUGUUCACAAAAUCAACAACUUUAUGCAGCGAAAUGACGAAAGUUCUUGCCUAUGUUUAUUCGAUUCCUUGUUCAAAUGCAUUUGCUGAAGGUGUCUUCAGUCAUAUGAAGCACGCAUGGACACCAAGUCGAAACUCGAUGUCGACUGAAACAAUUGCUACUGAAUUAAAGAUAAGAUUAAAUAGCAAGAUAAAAUGUGAAGAUUUUUAUUCUUUUGCACAAUCUCAACUAGAAUUGAUUAAAUCUGCUAAAAGCAAGCAGAAAUACAGUUAUGUAAAAAAACGUGUAUUAGCUAAUGCAAACAGAGAAGAUUUACUUUAA